AUAACUGCAAUCUCCGAGGACCAAAUAAUAAUUAAAUCCAAAAAAGAAUGUGAAAUAGUUAAAGAAGAUCAAUCAAAAAAAGGAAGUCAAUGAUCAGAAAUGGAAUGCAGCCUAAUCAAAUAGGAAAAAGUUCCAUUUCAGUGUCACACUUUGCUGACCAGCGCAAUUUCAUGUCAUGCAUCAGCCGUUGAGACUCCGUAUACUCCCUCAGUGGGAUUGAUACAGAAAACCCUUGAAAAUUUCAUUGCAAAACUUGUUAUAAUCAGCUCCAAAGUUUCAGACAAAGCUGAAACAUUGUUCUAUCUCAUUGUGCCUGAAAAUGUCGGGUUUCUUUCAGAACAGUGUCGAUGAGAAGGCUGUGGAAGAGCUUCUGUCUCAGGCAAUGGAUGCGACAGUUCUCGAGCAGGUGGCGGCCAUUAACUGCUCUGCUCUCAACGAUUCUGCCCUCCCUUCUCACCUCGAAACCCGCUUUCACAACCUCAAAUCUUUGCCCAUGAAACCCGCUUCUUCAUCAACACAAAGCCUCAUCAAUCUUCCACGGAAAAACGGGUUUUCUCCAUGUUUGAAGGAAAGCCCAGAAUCCAAGAACUGCUCAUAUUCCCCAAAAUCAUUGAAGAAAAACCGACUCGGAGAAUUGGGGAAGAAGGAGAUGAAGUACCGUUCUUGGCAGGUUAUUUCAAGUAGGUCUGUUUCUCCACCUGUAAGAAGUGGCUGCUUUUUGUGUUGUCCGAAGCAGGUAUCAAGGGAAAAGAGUAAUAAAGACGACAGGGGUUUGGUUCUGGGGCUUCGUGAUGAGUUAAUUUUAUCUGAUUUGAGUAGUUUUUCAGUGAAAAAACAGGAAAAGAUGAUGAAGAAGGCUCUGAUGGAGGAGGAGAAGAUUUGUAGGGAGGCUGAGAAAAUUGUGAAGUAUGCUUCAGCAGCAAUGAUGGAUGUUUCAGGGCGUUGAAGGUCAUAAUGAGCUACGGGAAAUUGUAAUUUUAGUCUCUUCACUCACUCACCACCCUCGUUUCUUUAAUUCUAUACCAAUUAAUUUUUAUAAUUUAAACUAAUUUUGUUCC